UAUGCGUGUGUGUGUCAGUGAGUGUGUUACAUUGUCAGAAUUUUGUUACAUUGUGGUCACGCGCUGCACUGGAACCCGGCGCUGGCGGUCGCUGCCCUGGUUACUUGUGGUUUCAAUGUAACAGAAAUGAGUUCUGAAACUGAGGACCAAGCAUUGCGUGAGGCUGAGGAGCAGUUGCUUCAUCAGGCUCGGAAUGGCAUCUUGGACGAAGUCAAAGGACUGCUGGAUCGCAGGAAGGACGAAAAAUUAACUUUCAAUAUUAAUUGCAAAGGCCGGACAAAGUCGAAUUUUGGCUGGACCCCUCUACAUCUAGCCUGCUAUUUUGGACAUAAAGGUGUUGUGGAGGAACUAUUAGAGGCUGAUGCAGAUGUGAAUGUGGUCAAUGAUGUGGGAGACACUCCACUCCAUCGAGCAGCUUUCACAGGGAGGAAGGAGCUAGUUAUGCUGCUGUUGCUGUACGAUGCUGAUGCUGCUGUUAUCAAUGGAGCCGGACAAACACCAAAAGCUGUAACCCAAGAUCAAGAAAUCCAAUGCAUGCUUGAAGCUGCUGAAAUGACACAACAGAGGAAAUUGGAAGAAUUGCUGUUGGCUGCUGCAAGGGAAGGGGAUGUGGCAGGAAUAACUGCUUUGCUGAACAGGUCGAAUCCACCUCACGUUAACUGUGUUGACAAGUUGGGAAAUACUCCAUUACACUGUGCGUCUUAUCGGGGGCAGAAACAAGGUGCUAUAAAACUUCUAAAGUGUGGCGCUGAUCCCAGUAUCAAGAAUAACAACAACCAAUUGCCACUUGAUCUGGCUCGUGGCACAGAAAUCCGGCAACUACUCGGCGCAAAAUCAAGCAAGGGGAUGUAUAAAGUGGUGCAAAGAUUUGAAGGACCACUUUUUAAGCGUUCCAGGUUUUUUGGCUGGAAUUUGGUUUGGGUGGUUUUAGAACACGGAGUGCUGUCAUGGUUUCAGAACCAGUCAGAUGCAAAGGCUGAUGUUCACCGACAAGGUUGCCGGAACCUGACACAAGCCGUUUGUACGGUUAAAAGUACAGACGAGAGAGUCAUUUCAAUCAAGUGCUUUGAUGACAGUAUCCACAUCUUUAAAGUGUAUCUCAAGGGUGUUUCUGCUCAAACAAGUGAAAAAUGGCUUCAAGCCGUGGGUGAACAUUCUGCUUACAGCACUCAUUACUGCUCUCCAGAUCAGUAUAGCGAUGAUGACGAAGAUGAAGAUCUAGCAUCUGCUGAGUCCCUGCAGGAAUCAUUUCAGACUUUGCAAACCUGUCAGCAGAAGCUUGAGAAAGAAGUUGCGAGUUUGUUAAGCAUGGUGGAAAGCCCCGGAGUUGCAAAAGGAUUACCACCACGUGUGUUACAGAAGGUGAAAGAUGUAGCUGAAUCAUCCAGAAUCGCAUGUAUUACACUCAGCAACUGUGUUCUAUUCAUCUCAAAACAAGAAGCGGUGCGUAAUCUGCGAUUAGAGCAGGAACAAGAGAAAAACAAAAUACUUUCAGAAGCUCUACAGACUCUGGCCUGUGAACAUCAUGAACUUGAACAAUCUUUAGUCAAAGGAUCCCCGCCCCAGAGUGUACUGAGUGAUGACGAAUUCUACGAUGCUCUUUCAGAUUCUGACUCUGUGGACUCUCUGAGUGGGUUUGAAACAGUAACAAGCCAGUCAACAGAGGACGAACCUUUGAACUGUAGCAAUACCAAGAGAUCAAAUAUGUCCGAGCAGGAAAAGCAUGGCAGCAAUCUGCCACAAGCCAAUGGCAUUACAAAGUACAGAACAAGCUUGCCAGCUCCAAUGUUUUCCAGAAAUGAUUUUAGCAUUUGGAGUAUACUACGUAAAUGCAUUGGAAUGGAGCUAUCCAAGAUUGCUAUGCCUGUCAUUUUUAAUGAGCCACUUAGCUUCCUUCAGCGACUUACAGAAUACAUGGAGCACACAUAUCUCAUCCACGAAGCUGUUAGCUCUCAUAAUUCAUCCGAGAGAAUGCAGCGUGUCGCAGCAUUUGCAGUUUCAGCUGUUGCAUCUCAGUGGGAAAGGACAGGAAAACCAUUUAACCCACUCCUUGGAGAGACAUACGAGCUGUUUAGGCAGGAUCUAGGAUUCAAGCUUAUUUCUGAGCAAGUUAGUCACCAUCCACCAAUCAGUGCUUUCCAUGCUGAAGGACUUGCUCAAAAUUUUGUUUUCCAUGGAUCCAUUUAUCCCAAGCUCAAAUUUUGGGGGAAGAGCGUGGAAGCAGAGCCAAAAGGAAUUAUGACCCUAGAGCUUUUCAAGCACAAUGAAGCUUACACUUGGACAAAUCCGACUUGCUGUGUGCAUAACAUUAUAGUGGGACAGCUUUGGAUUGAGCAGUAUGGAAAUGUUGAAAUAACUAAUCACAAAACUGGGGACAAAUGUAUUCUGAACUUUAAGCCAUGUGGCCUUUUCGGUAAAGAAUUACACAAAGUUGAAGGUUACAUCCAGGACAAAAGUAAGAAGAAGCUCUGUGCAGUAUAUGGAAAAUGGACAGAGUGUCUGUGGGCGAUUGACCCCAGUACAUUUGAUGCCUACAAAAAAAGCGACAAGAAAAACACAGAGGAAAAGAAGCUGAACAAAUCAUCAGUAGCUUCAGAGAAAUCUGAACCGGAUGAAAUGCCGCUGCCCGAUAACUCCGAAAGUGUACAGGUUAUACCAGGGAGUCGCCUGCUGUGGAAGAUCGCACCUAGACCACCAAACUCUCAACAGAUGUACAAUUUCACCAACUUUGCCAUGUCACUGAAUGAACUGGAUAAAGAAAUGGAGAGUGUUAUUGCACCCACUGAUUGUCGAUUCCGACCUGACAUCAAAGCAAUGGAAAAUGGCGAUAUAGACUUAGCCAGUGAAGAAAAGAAGAGGUUGGAAGAAAAGCAAAGAGCUGCUCGCAAGCAACGAGCCAAGACUGACAAUGACUGGAAAAACAAGAACCAAUUGGCAGAGGGUCCCAGGUGGUUCCAUCAAGGUCCCAAUCCCUACACUGGUGCAUCAGACUGGCUGUACUCAGGAAGCUACUGGGAUAGGAGUUACUCACACUGCAGUGAUAUUUAUUAAGUCAACAUGGGAGAAGUCAAGCAGCAUCUCUGCUAUGAGCAAAUUUCAGGGCAUAUAUUAUUUCACAACUUUAAAAAUAACAGUACAACCUCAACCAAUGUAAAUUUACUUCUUUUUGGUCUCUUCCAAUAAGAAUGUUCUUUGAGAGCUUUCUUGUAAGUACUGCCAAGAAUGUAUGAUAGAAGCCUCUUAAUGAGAGCAUCACUAUGAUAAAGAUGUCUUUCUCUUUUCCAACUGUUGCACAACUGUUGAGACCUAUUCUAGAAGUGCCCAAGCUGUUUACCCACCUCUGGCAGGUUUCUCAUAAGGCAGUAAGUGGGAGUAAAAUUUGUCCAUUAAGUUUCUUAAGACGAUUUAUAGUAGGGUACUAAAUUAAGCAAUUUGCACUCGAGCAAUAAGUGGGAGUAAUACCGGCCCAUUGAGUUCCUUAAAACCAUUUUAUUUUAUGGUACUAAGUUAAGUUAUUUCUACACAAUCAUGCUACUCUUACUUCAUCUGUUUCUGAAAACCUAAUCACUAAUCACAAUGUCACAGUAUUUUAACUAUAUGCAAGUUUUGUUUAGAUCCAUUGUAGAGCUAGAUAAGGAUUGCGCCUAUAAAACAGCGAUCUCUAUCUAAACUGUUUUAUAAACAGUCUUUGGCCCCGUUUAGAUUCAUUUGAAUCGCAUAAGGUAUCCAUUAGUUGACAUAUACUUCAGUGGACUUCGUAUCCUAAAAAUAUAGUUCAGGUUCAAUAUCUCAAUUUAUCACUGAACAAAAGUAUCUCCUUAUUUCAGAAAUGUUUGUGGAAAGAGUGCUUCAACCCUUUUACAACAUAUUCCAUCUUACUGCCGCAUCAUUGGUAAUCUUACCGCUUAAUUUCCAGUUUCUUUUUGGUCUACUUAAUGUGUGUUUGUGUUGAAUUUGACUUGUCAUGUGGUGAUUGUUAUUUAAGAAAUUUGAUUCGUUCAGGAGUUUCAAAGCCAUGGCAAGCUUUGCAAACCUUAUUUGGAAAAAAACUUGUAUAGCUAAAAGUGUAAAGAAAAUUCUGUAAUUAUUUGUACAGUAUAUCAGAGCUUAAGUUCAGGAAAUCUUGAAGUUAAAAAGAAACUAAGGUUGAAUAUAUUAAAACUGUAAUGUUUGAAAUUGUGAUCAAUUGUACUCUCAGCAUUUAUCAAUUAUGGAAAACAGUCCCAUUGUAAAUCUGAAUUCUAAUCACUUUAGGUUUGCAAUUCGUCUGACCUUUGUAAAAUGCUAUUGUACUCUAGUACUGGCAAUGGGAGUAGUUUUUGUGUUGCACAUCACCCAAUGUGUUCGUAUAUAUAAGCUCCGAAUGUGAAAUAACUCGAACUCACUAUGUUGAAAUUAAUUUCUCAUAAAUCUCAAAUGCAUUUAAACCACAUUUUACAACCGUGAUGCACUGCAGUUUGAAAUUACGUUGGAUUCAGUUAAACUCCUAAUUGGAUUAAUAGCAUAUUUGAUAUUUUACUAUUUUCAGUUAGAAUGUCUUCAUUUCUUCAAAGCUUCAAUAGUGAAAAAUAUGCAAACAGACUUGGGAUCCUUCUCUGUAUCUCUUAUGUCUGUUGUUAGCAAUUUUCAAUGAUGGUGUGAGUAUUGGACUGAAAUUAAAAAGAAGUAUGUAUUUCUAGGUAAAUAGUGCAUAUCUUAGGUUAGAAGUAAUGGAAGAACAACACUAAAUCAGAUUUUUAACUACUUGUCAUUUAAUACAGGAAUGUCAAAUGUAAUAUUGCUGCUAAAUAAAGGCUUUUCAAAAUGUGUAGAUAUAA